UUGACAUUGACGUUUUGUUAUUAAAUUGUUAUUAAAUCUACCAUGGCCCCCCAACCUGUGGUGACAGGAUUAUCACCAAAGGAAGGCCCUCCAGGGACCAGGGUGACAAUCAGGGGCGAACAUUUAGGGACAAGAGCCGCGGAUUUAAUUGGAUUAACUAUAUGUGGGUGCGAUUGUUUAUUAUCGGCCGAAUGGAAAUCACCCAACAAGAUUAUAGCCAGAUCUGGUCCUGGGAAAGGUCGUGGAGACAUAACAGUUACUACGGCUUCUGGGGGCGUUGGAACAUCCACUGUCCAAUUUAGAGGUUAUCAUGAAACUAUUGGCCCUAUGAAAGAAAGUGCUGUCUGGGUUGAAGAAAGCCCAUUACAUAGUUUAGCUUGGGGUAGACGGUCAUUAGCACCUCCAGGAUAUAGUCAAGAGGAUCCAUUAGGUCUCAGUACAGAAGGUUCUGAUAAUAAAUUUCCAGAAGAUGAUCUUAGAGAAUUAUUUCCCGAUAGUUGUGGAGAUUUGUCUUCAGAGCAGUUUAGUGCAGCUUGGUUUUUAUUAGAAAAUCAUCAGAAUACUUCAUUUGAAGAUUUAAAAGCAGGAUUAGCAUUUUUGAAAAGAAAAGUAGAAGCUCAAAAAGAAGGACAACUGUCUUUUCUUAAAGCUAAUGCAGGCUCUGUAUUAGAGCAGUUAGAUACUCUAGAAGCCUUAAGAAUAAAAUUUGAUGAAGAUGUUUUGAAAUAUGGAAAUGAUCCUACAGGUCCCCUACAGAAAGCCAUACAAAAGUCAAUUGUGGAAGCAGAGUCAAUUUUCAAUGAAGUAUUAAACAGAAGAGAAAAGGCUGAUGCUACCAGGAAUGCCUUAGGUGCAUUAAAUCGGCAUAGAAUGCUUUUUCUUUUGCCUUGUGAAUUACAAAAAUAUGCUGCACGAGGUGAUUAUGAUAUGCUGGUUAAUGAUUAUGCUCGCGCAAGAAACCUUUUUGGUAAAACAGAAGUGCCUAUUUUUAAACAAGUGAUGGAGGAAGUUGAUAAAUGUGUAGAAACUAUUAGAGGAGAAUUAAGAGAAAAAUUAAAAGAAAUGCCUAGCACAAUAGAACAUCAAAAAAAAUUAAUCAGGGCUUUAGUGCAUCUAGAAAGUGGAGGAGAUCCUGCUUGGGAAGCACUAAAUAGUAGAUCAAUUUAUUUGGAUCAUUGCUUAGAUAAAUGCUGUGAAGAACAUCUUGCUAGUGAAGCAGAUACGAAGACAAAAUCACCUCGCAGUACACCAGCUCAAUCAGUUCCGCCUAAAGUGUUAUUUUGUGAAGAUUUAACAGAAUGUGCUGCAGGACAAUUACCAGAUUUAUGGCGUUUGGGACAAGCUUAUUUUAAAGGUGAAUUACAAGUCUCUCCGGAUACAACCAAACCAGCAACAUUCAAAAAAAUGAUAUUAAGCUCCAUUGAAAAAUUCACUAGUGCCCUUAGAAAAGCUCUCAUUCCGAAUAUGUCUUCAAAACAUGCAAACCAACAACUUGGGCCAUGGUUAUCACAUUGUUUACAUUACGUUAGAGCUGCAUAUGCAACUUUAGUAGCAUUGGAUUUGCCUUCUGAAGCUUUAGAAAUAGUUUGCAAACUUAUUUUAGAUCUUCGGGUAAAUUUUAUAGUAAAUGUGUUCAAACAAGCUACAGAUCAAGUUAACGCCCUUCCUGUUAAAGAGACUUGGCAGAUUGAUCACAAUGGAAUACAUGGAGGAGGAACAGCAUUAAGUGCAGAGCUUGAAAAAAUUGUGACAGAAGCCUUGGAGGCAGGUCAAGUAGCACUUAAACCGGAAAUUAAGGAAAAUCCAUUAGAAGGCGCUGCACAAAAAGAAAUUAUGAGCCAAGCUCAAAAUAUGUUGUUAGCUUUUAACGGAGUUUUGGAAGAAUUGGCAUUUAGUAGAGCAGAUGAGGACGUAGAUGAGUUAUCACCUGGAGUUUCACAAUUGAUGGGACCUAUGGCAACACCGUGGAAUGAUGAAAAUCAUUCUUGGAGUGGAAAUACAGCUCCUUGGGAACUCAGAUUAUUGGCAACGAUUGCAAAUUGCCGGCAUGUUACCAAUGUAGUGCUACCUCGACUUGCUGAUAAGUUUUCCAUAAAUGGAUACCCAACGCUCUCUCUAGACCCAUUACGGGGAUCCCUACAGUCACUUAGAGGCUCUUUGUUAGACACAUACACAGAACAUAGGAGUGACCCUUUGGUGGGUACUUUAGAACCAUCAAUGUAUCUUGGAAAAUUUGACUGGGACAGAGCCGUUACACCUACUGGGUUAAGUCCAUAUGCUCAAGAGUGCAUUGGGAAUCUCUUGGCGGUGCAUGCUGAGGUUCAUCGAAUAUGUCCAUGGCUUGUGGGAGAAGUACUGUCUCAAAUAGUUGGUACUGUCGGUGAGGAAUUAGCGCGUCUUAUGAGCUGUGUGAGUGAAUUUAAUGAACCUGGUACAAUUCAGGCAACCCUUGAUCUUACUGCGCUAAGGGACGCACUGCAAACUUUCAGCACGCCACAAUCAGAAUCAUUCUUCAAUGAAGCCAUGGAUGCCAUACCAAAAUUAAGUUCAAAAAAUUUACAAUUUGUUAAGCAAUUGUUGAAGACCAUUCGUUCUAGGAUGGCAUUGCAACUAACAUGCUUCGCUUCUCCCACGUGAUAAUUAUAAGUAUUUAUUGAUGUACAUAAAAAUAUUCAAAAGAUUGG